AUGACAAACCCCAUCGCCCCUGGCGGUACAGAUGGUGGCGGCGAACGCGGCGCAUUUUCCGGCAGUCCAACUAGCAAAGAAGAAAAGGCGGAGUCGUAUCAGUGGAAGAAAUACGGGCAUAAAUUCCUCUCUUCUCAGAAUGCGAAAAGGUUCUACUACCACUGCACGGAGCGCGACACCACCGGAUGCCCCGCGAAGCUCAUAAUCGAUAAGGUCCCGAAGAAGAAGAGCAAGAACGGCCGGCGCGCGGAACUUAAGCACUUGGUGGCGCGGGAGGUUCCAGGAUCCUCCGCGCGGCGACCGCCGGUUGAUGGAGCCGUCGUUGCGGCCGAUCGCGAGUCCGGCUCGCCGCGACCUGCGGUCACUGAUCGGGAGGAGAAGGGGGAAAAGGGGGACGAUUCCAGUUUCGGAUGGGAGGAGAAUCGGGAGAUUCUCGACGCGCUUCCCGUACUCGAGCGACGCGUGGAUCGCACGCUCACCCCGCGCCGCUUUUGGUGCCGCAAUCGGCACAAUCACCUACCGCCGCCGCAGCAGCCGCUCCAUAUGGUCGUCUCCGCCGCCGCGGUCGCGCAGCCCCGCAUGUACAUCACGGCGGCGGGCGCGGGCGCGGUUAUUGCUUCCGCCUCCGCCUCGGUGCUUCCGCCGCCGCCAGCGGGUAUCAUGACCGUUCCGCCCGCUGCGUCACUUACCCCGACGAUCGCGCGGACGGCCUCCUCCACCAGCGGCGCCGUGAACGCCGGCGGCGGCGGCGGCGGCGGCGGCAGCGGCGUAGGGACUCCACGCGGCCCGUUGACCCCGAACUUGGCGGACUGGCCGUUUCCGCCCAAGUCGCGCAGCCCACCGGUGGGGCCAAGGAGCCCCGAACCUGCGACGGCGGGGCUGGAGCGCGGAUCUCCGCUUUGCGGGUUUCCGCCGAGCGGAUCUCCGCCAUGCCCGCACGCAGGUCGGAAACGGCCGCGGAGCCCGACGCGCGCGUCGGCGGGCGAUCAUCACGCGACUCGUACUACUACUAAGGGCUUCGCCGCGUGCGGCGCAGGCGCGGGCGCGGGCGAGGACCCGUGGUAUCAGGGCAGUGCAAUGAUGGCCCGCCGCCAGCGGAGCGGCAGAGAUUGUGAUGUGCUUGCCGUCAAACGCGGCGACCCUUCGUUGCACCCGCACCCAGUGCCGCCCGCCGCGCCCGGACCGUCCAUUUUCCAAUAUUUAUUCCCGCACGUGGGCGCACUCAGUGCGAGCGCGAGCGGAUACCAUGGCGGGCAGCUGGGGGGACUCGCGGGCGCGCAGAGCCCCGCCGCGGUGGAGGUAGGCCUGACGGCGCGACUCGUGUUCCCCCGCGGCGUCCGUGUCUCCUCCGCGCACGGAGAUACCGCUGACGCGGGAGCGAUUUCCACAGACGCGUGGGAGGCGUCCGCGGACGCAAACGCGGUGACGGAGGCGGAGGGCGCGAGUGACGUGGCGCCUGGGAAGGCGGAGGAGGGGUUUGAUACGCUGUGGUCGUAUGUGGAGGCGAAUCUGCGGCAACGCGUGGCGUCACAAGCAGCAGCAGCAGCAGCAGCCGUGGCUGCAGCUACUGCCGCUGCUGCUCCGGUGGGGGUGGCAUCGCAAGCAGCAGGUACUGCUGGGCCAAAUGGUUUGGUGAUGAAUGAGAGCAACAUGGUUCUGCACAGGCUGGCGGCAAGCCUGCCACGUGGGCUUCUAGGUUUGGCCGAGGCUCAGCGAGCGGAGGCACCACAACAGGCUGAGGAAGGUGCUACUCAUGAGUCAUUCUUGUUACAUGCUGGCUCGAGCUGCCCUGUUCUACCCCCUCUGUUGUCCUCCAUCCCUGCUGCUUCCGCUUCUGCUGCUGCUGCUGCUGCUGCUGCUGCUGACGGUGGCAUGGGCACGGGCAUGGCGGGCAGAAGAUUCGAAGAGAUUCGAGCGCUCUACGUUCAAGGGCUGCUGGGCGGUCGGGGUCUGGUGGGGAGCGGUGGUGAGGGGUUGGUGGGGAUGGACAUUCACCCCUCAAAGAAGAAAAUGAGUGCGCUUACUGGGGGAGGAGUGGAUGAGAUGGAAGGGAGGAGGGUGUGUGUAGACAAGGGAAGAGUGAUGCUGAGGGAGGCAGGAGGAGAGGGAGGAGGAGUGGUUGCACGCGUGGCAGUGGAGAUGGAUUUGAUUGGUCAGCUUGGUGACGGGACACCUGUCGGCAGACAGGCGGCAGGCAGUGGUGCUCCUCAGGUGCUUUCAACAGGCCUGUGUCUCUGA